AUGGCUUCUAAACAUUUAGCUGCCCUUGCAAUCUUCACAAUUCUUCUUCCUGCUGUGGCCAUGGCAACUGAGUUUACUGUUGGAGAUGAUCAAGGUUGGACCAUUAAUUUCGACUAUGUAGCCUGGGCCAAGGACAAAGUCUUUCAUGUUGGCGAUAAACUAGUCUUCAAAUACACGGCGGGAAGGCACAAUGUCUUCAAAGUUAACGGUACUGCCUUCACGAACUGCACUAUACCACCAGCAAAUGAGGCUCUUACCACUGGAAAUGAUGUGAUUAUACUGGCCACCCCUGGAAGGAAGUGGUAUAUUUGUGGUGUGAACGACCAUUGUGCCAACUAUGGACAGAAGCUUGCCAUCACAGUGCUGGAAGCGUGGGUGUCUCCUGCAUCAGCCCCCUCCACCCCCGCAGCAUCAGCUCCCUCCACCCCCACAGCGCCAGCUCCCUCCACCCCCACAGCGCCAGCCCCCUCCACCCCCGCAGCAACAGCACCCAGUUCUGCUUAUGGGAUCUCGGUGUCUGGGUAUCAGCUGCUGAUGGCAGCCAUGGUUGCUGUUGCUUUCCUAGUCGUUUGA